AUUUCCCAUGAAUCUCUGCUGUCAUGUGGGCGAAGAAGCUAAACCGAUGAAGAGAAGCUAGUUGGCUUUACUUGUCUAAAUCUUGAUUUUAUCAAGUGAAUUUCUCCCAUUAGUCCCUUGUAAAAUAUCUCAGCGAUUAGAAAAGUUUUUUACUAUCUAAAGUACAUAUAUAGCUAGUUUAGACGAACUGUUGUUGUGAAGCAGGAAUCAUCUAAAAUAAGUUAUUCCGGUAGAAACAUCCGGUGGAUGCCAGACUGAAAGAGAAACAAUGAUGGUGUUUGAACUGCCAACCCACUGAGCUCUCCGAGAGAAAACAUCUGAUGAAAAUUAACUGCAGCGUUACAGAUUCUGGCAUGGAAGACAAAGCAAAUGGCUCUGUUGACACCAAAAGCCCAGUGGAGAACGGUCAGCUGCCGGACCCUGCCAACUGGGGGGUCGCCGACGUCGUCAAUUACUUCAAAGCAACAGGGUUCGAGGAGCAAGCCACGGCUUUCCAGGAUCAGGAAAUCGAUGGGAAGUCCCUGCUCCUGAUGACGCGCAACGAUGUCCUGACGGGGCUGUCGAUAAAGCUGGGCCCUGCACUGAAGAUCUAUGAGUAUCAUGUGAAGCCGCUGCAAACUCAACACCUGAAGAGCAACGCCUCGUAGCACCGCAGACCGUCUCAACACCCACCUCAGUGACAAUCAUCGUGUCAGGCGACUCCAGGUUAGCUGCCGAUUCACAAAGACUCCUCUGGCCACAGUGGCACCUUAACAGGAUCUAUUUGAAUGCUGUAUGUUUUAUAAGUUUAUAAGCGUGGACCCCAGAAAAUGGGUUGCACACGGGGUCCACUCAGCUGUUUACCCUUUCAGCCAUUCUUAUUUCUGCGGCUUGAGAUGUGUAUUUUAUUUUUUUUGUGUGUGUUUUAUUUAAAACAAGAAAAUUUAAGGAUGAAAUCCUGCAGGUAUGAUUUUUGUGUGUGUGCGUGUGUGUAUGUACAUGUUUGUGCGUGUGUGUGUGUGUGUGUGUGCAAAGUGAAUUAACCUAUGUUGGUUUAAAAAAAAAAAGUAUUUGUAUAUAAGAUUAUAUAUAUAGUUGAAAACUGUGUUUGACCUGUCGUACCUGAACACUUUGAUACAUGCAGAAAGUUUUUCUGAUGCAUCCUAUUUUACCCUAAAAUCUGUUUUUAUGCUCUAAACUGUGCAGCUGAGUCCUUGAGUCGUCCUUAGCAUGUAACAAUGAAGCAUUUUGUUUUCCCAUACACAAGGAGCCGUCUGAAAGCCUUUCUGUUCCUGCACACCUACAUUAUCCAGGCUCGAGGCUCUUGAUAUGGAAAUAUUUAUGUGUAUAUAUAUUCUUAUUAUGUUCCUACAUGUGGUGCUUUCAGCAUUGUCACAAAGACAACUGUAUUGAAGUGUGUAUGACCAAUGUAUAUGUGCAACAUAACACUGGAGUUUGAAUAUCUGAAUCAAAGAUUUGCAAUAAAUGGUGCUCUUUUCUCACCAAAGAACAA